GUGGUUCUCCACCGAAAGGCGUUUUCCCGCAACUUAGAAGUGCGGUACCAUAAGAGGCUCAUUUGGCUUUUUCUCUUUCCCAAAAUGCCGAAGCGGUCGUGUCCUUUCACGGAGACCUUCUCGUCUCAGUAUAAAAUACACGUCGGGCAACGUGAGCUUAAUAACUCUAGCGUUUUGGGGAAUAAAUACAGGAAAGAAAUCUAUGAAAAGACGAAAAAUAUACUUUUUAAUGGUGCCAAAGCUGUGGUGGACAAAAUAUGGACUGGUGAGGAUAAGGUGACCGACCCUCGGCCAACAGGACAAGAGUUAACAGUUAAAAGCAGCCAGACUCUGUUAAGAGGGCAGACAUUGAUUGGAAGUGAUGGGAGGUUGACCAAAGCAACCAAACGAGAAGGAUCAUCGGCUGGUAUUGGCUGCUGCGUGUGUCAGAAGAGUGGAUCACGGCAGACAUCUUGUUUCCAGUGUGAGCGACUUGCCUGCUCGUCUUGCAGCCGGCAGUGCUCCAGCUGCUUCAACCAGUGCUGUUCUGUCUGCACCAUCAUUGAUUACAGCGGACGUUAUGAUGAAGUUCUCUGCUGCAGUUGCUCGACGUAAUAAAAAUUUGGCACACGGAUCCGAUGAGUUUAUGCUUGAAUAUGUACCUAGUAUCCAUGUUAUGAAUUACUCUUGACUGCCUUUUAUAAAUAUCAUGAUCGUCUUAUGUUUCUCCUGAUGACCCCAAUGUUUGCAUGUAUAGCUAUAGAAUGAAAUAAACUUGAACAUUUUUAUACAAUUUGA